GUGACAAAUCUUAAAGCCCAUGUGGAGAGGUUGCCAAACGUGUCUUACUGUGGGAACAGAAGACUGCUCUCUAACGUUAAAGGCUGCGCUCCCCCACUAUAAGUAGCAGCAUUUAAGUCUCAAAACUCUCUCAAUACUCUUCUUCACAGAAACAGUGAAGCACAGCCACAGAUCACAUGAUCAUACUGUGAUGAACGUCAUGGAGACUACCUUCUCACCACAGCUACCCUCGACUACAACUCAUCAAGGAAGCAACGAACUUGAAACUAUACUCUCUAACACCCAGUUGCCUCUCUUCAAACGUCUCCGUUUAGCCUCAUUGAUAGAGCUCAAGAUCCUCUUCUACCUCGCUGCUCCUUCAGUGGCUGUCUACAUGAUCAACUACCUCAUGUCCAUGUCCACUCGGAUCUUCUCCGGUCACCUCGGUAAUCUCGAGCUCGCCGCUGCUUCGCUCGGCAACUCUGGCAUCCAAUCCUUCGCCUUUGGCCUCCUCAUUGGAAUGGGGAGUGCAGUGGAGACGCUGUGUGGGCAAGCUUACGGUGCAUCAAAGCUUGAAAUGCUAGGAAUAUACCUCCAAAGAUCAAUGAUCCUCCUUAUGCUCGCAGGGGUCCCACUCACUGUGAUCUGCAUCUUCUCCAAGCCAAUCUUGAUGCUUCUCGGCCAAUCCUCAACGAUAGCAUCAGCCGCUGCAGUGUUCGUGUACGGCCUUAUCCCUCAGAUAUUUGCCUAUGCAGCCAACUUCCCUAUGCAGAAAUUCCUGCAAGCCCAGAGCAUUGUGGCCCCCAGCGCCUACAUAUCAACGGCUACACUGCUUGUGCAAAUAUUACUAAGCUGGGUGGCAGUGUACAAGAUCAAGCUCGGUUUAUUGGGGGCCGCCCUGGUGUUGAGCCUUUCAUGGUGGAUAAUAGUAGUGGCUCAGUUCAUUUAUAUAGUCAAGAGCGAACGCUGCAAGCUCACCUGGACCGGGUUCUCCCUCCAAGCAUUUUCCGGGUUGUUCGGUUUCUUCAAAUUGUCAGCUUCGUCGGCGGUGAUGCUGUGCCUGCAGACUUGGUACUCUCAGAUACUGGUUUUGUUAGCCGGGUUGCUCCGAAACCCGCAGUUGGCUUUGAAUUCUCUCUCUAUUUGCAUGGCGAUAAAUGGGUGGGCUUUCAUGAUCCCAAUUGGAUUCAACGCAGCUGCGAGGUCAGUCUCUUUCAAAUUAACUUGGCAUCAACCAAACAAGAUAUAUAAUUAUGGCAAAAGUGUGAGGGUAAGCAACGAGAUAGGAGCUGGAAAUCCAAAAUCGGCGGCAUUCUCAGUGAUAAUGGUGACUUCCUUAUCAUUUAUAAUAAUGGUGAUCCUGGCUAUAGUUGUGUUAAAUCUGCGUCCAUAUAUAAGCUAUGCCUUCACCGAUGGAGAAACUGUUGCCGAUGCAGUUUCAGACCUCUGCCCAUUGUUGGCCAUCAAUCUCAUUCUCAAUGGCAUCCAACCUACCCUCUCAGGUGUGGCCGUUGGUUGUGGUUGGCAAAAAUUUGUUGCGUACGUUAGUUUGGGGUGCUACUAUGUGGUUGGGAUCCCAUUAGGGGUUCUUUUAGGUUUCAAGUUCAACUUUGGUGCUAAGGGAAUGUGGUCUGGAAUGAUAGGUGGCACUGCAUUGCAAACCCUCAUUUUACUAUGGGUUACAUAUCGAACAGAAUGGAAAAUUGAGGUGGAGAAGGCCAAGAAACGCUUGGAUAAAUGGAACAUCGAGGAAGUAACAUCAGAAAAUGCGUGAUGGAAGCUUUAAAGAAAUGCAACACCUGUGGAGGUUGAGAUGCCCUAUUGAUUCAUCAAGCUAGCAAAUAUUCAUCUCUAGAUCACCUUAUGAUCGAAGACCACUGCUACCAAUAUUUGUCACUCCAAUCAUCACUAUCUUGUUUUAACAGAAAGAAUUAGGUAUUACAUAGUUAAAACAUGUUCUACAUCUAGAUCAAUU